UUCCCUCCAGUUCUCUUUUGCUGUGAUUUGACAGAAUGCCACGAAGAGGGCGUCGGUCGGAGGCAGCCAAGAUCAGAUGGAGAAGGAUGGACUCUGAGCCAGAUAUUGCCAAGCCCACGACACCCCAACCCACCCCGCAGGCCUGGUCCCCCACUCAGUCUCCAGAGAAGAAGAAACCCCUACUGAUGGCGUUCGGGCCCCCAGACCAGACAUGUCCCAUGGUGUGCCAGGAGGAACCUCGUGAGCCAUCGACCCCCCUCCGGUCUCGUCAAGGGACAGGGUAUCGGCAUCGUGUCAUGCAGUGGGGCUAUUCACGCGUAUCCAGGCGUAGGCGUAAGUUCGUGCUCCUAGCCGAGGCUCCAGAGAAAAAGUUUGCUCUAUUGGUUGGCGAUUCCCAUUUGCGAGCUAUUGUGGAUGGGUUUGUCACCAUGCCAAAGAGUACUUUCUCCUUAGGGGUGCUGUCUUCUCCUGGAGCAUCUGCAGACGAGUUGCGACGUGAGGUACUGGAUACGGUUCUGCCUCGGACCCCAGACGUCAUCUGUCUUCUGGCGCCCAGCAACAACUUGAGUUCUAGCACGACCUACCAGGAGGCGGGACGGGACUUCGACUCUUUGUUGCAUACCAUAAGCAACCUCUGUGCUAAUGUGGUUGUUUUGGACUUCCCACCACGGCUCAUCGUCGAGGAGAGGGAGCAGACACUCCUGCGACAGGAGUACAGCCGUGUAGCAGCCAAGAGAAAUGUUCGGUACCUACCGGUCAUUGAGCACUUCCCUCUCAGCCACCUGGACUUGUGGAGCAGGGAUGGUGUUCAUCUGAGUGACGCACCUGGGAUGGAGGUUCUUGCUAAGUUGCUGUGGGCUGCGGUCUCCACGCAACUUCAGUUAAGUGCGCCUGUGUCUGAGUCUCUAGCUCUGUCUGCUUUUCCACCUCUAUCUGCUUGUCCCCCCGUCUCGUUGCCUCCUUGUCCCCCCGUCUCGUUGUCUCCUUGUCCCCCCGUCUCGGUGCCUGCUUGUCCCCCCGUCUCGGUGCCUGCUUGUCCCCCCGUCUCGGUGCCUGCUUGUCCCCCCGUCUCGUUGCCUGCUUGUCCCCCCGUCUCGUUGCCUGCUUGUCCCCCCGUCUCGUUGCCUGCUUGUCCCCCCGUCUCGUUGCCUGCUUGUCCCCCCGUCUCGUUGCCUGCUUGUCCCCCCGUCUCUGUGUCUGAUUUUCCACCUCUGUCUGUCUCUGUUAUGCGCCCUGUGCCUGCUUCUCCCCAUGUCUCGGCAAGACAUCCCUUUCCCAGGCUUGUUGUGGACUGCAAGGGGCCUGGUCAGAGUGCUUCACACCCCUUCCACGGGACUGUCGUCGGUGGUGGCCAGAAGGCUUCUGUGUUGGAACCCUGUGUCAGAGGUCCCCCUGUCCUGUCUGUGAGGGCUACACAUUCCCAAGCCGACAAAAGAUAUGAUAAGUUUUCACGCAAUCACCAGUGCACAUGCAUGGCUCUAACAUUUUUAGCUUACCACAAUGAGGGGUUAGAGUUUAACACAAUGUUACUAGACAGAGUGAUCAUGAAAGGUGAUAAACUUUAUGUUGCCACUAAACGGCAGCUAUUGAUGAAUGGAACUUUUGAAGAUAACCACUUAACAUUUGAAGAGAUGCCUAGGAAUGUAAUGACAGACACAAACCUUUAUGAAGUACACACAACAGGUUUAAGGGUUGGUCGAGUCUUUGCUCCUUCUGAAAGCCCUCAAAGGUCUCGGCAAAUGGCUUUGUCUCUUGGUGAAGAACUGCGGUCUCUAUCAGAAAAUGUCACCCAUGCAUUUCUUCUGGUGACUCCAGAAUGCAUUGCAAUUUUCAGGGACAGAGAUGGCAGGUUUGGAGUUUUUGAUUCCCACUCAAGAAACUCUGCAGGUCUGCCCCAACCCUAUGGCACUGCAAUAAUGAUGACUUUCAGCAACCGAACUACCAUGCUGAAACAUCUGCAACGGCUGUUUCAAAACCGUGGCCCGAAUGCCACCUAUGAGUUUGUACCAGUGGGUUUUGUCAGGAAUAAUGACCUUCCUCAGGACUUGACAUUUCAAAAUGUUUCACUUCGCCCCACACAUGCAAAUCCAACUGUCAGAAAACCAGAGAGUGCUUUGAAUGAAGACAAAAUGCCUCCAUGGUUGAAAGAAAUGGACAACGUUUUUGAGGAAGUUAGUCCAACAGCCAAAGCAAGUCAACCUGUUGGAAAACCAGACAAAGAUUUUGAUGAAGAGGAAAUGUCUCCAUGGUUGAGAGAAAUGACAAAUGUAGUAGAAGAAAUUGCUCCAAAAGUCCCUCAGAUGACAAAAGUUGAAAAAGCCAAGAGAAGAAAAAUUAAGAACAGGCUCAAAUCACAGCAGAAACAAAACACUACUACAAAAAUUAGAGAAAGUGCAUCUGAAAAAUCCUACAUAAGAACUCGAUACAGAGAUGAUCCAGUCUUCAGAAGCCAGCAAAAAGCAUACACAAGAACUCGAUACAGAGAUGAUCCAGUCUUCAGAAGCCAGCAAAAAGCAUGCAUAAGAACUCAAUACAAAGAUGAUCCAGUCUUCAGAAGCCAGCAAAAAGCAUACAUAAGAACUCGAUACAAAGAUGAUCCAGUCUUCAGAAGCCAGCAAAAAGCAUGCAUUAGAACUCGAUACAGAGACGAUCCAGUCUUCAGAAGCCAGCAAACAGCAUACAUAAGAACUCGAUACAGAGAUGAUCCAGUCUUCAGAAGACAGCAAAAAGCAUGCAUAAGAACUCGAUACAGAGAUGAUCCAGUCUUCAGAAGCCAGCAAAAAUCAUACAUAAGGACUCGAUUCAGAGAUGAUCCAGUCUUCAGAAACCAGCAAAAAAUGAAAAUGCGGGAAUCAAUGAAGGAAAAGUACCAUAAACAGCCUGAUUAUCGUGUCCAAAAAAUUAAAAAUAGUGCUUCCAACAAGAAAAUAAAGAUGUCAAACAACAUUCUUUCCAGAACCCAGAUACUACAUCAUGCUCUGCGAAUCAGAAGAAAGUACAAAAGAAAUGUCAUCUUAUACCACAAAACUCCACAGCCCCUGAUGACUCAAGAAAUAAAAGCUGCAAUACAAAAGUUUCACGAUAAAAUUCGCCAUGGUCCCACAUAUGUCUGCACGGUGUGUCACAGAGCUCUUUUCCCAGGUCAAGUAAAGCAUUGUAACAGAGGUAAGUAUACAAAGAACAGGGAAGUGGUGACUGAGUGCUUAACAGGAACAUAUGUUCACAUCUGUGGAUCUGCAUGCUCUGCCCCAUGUUCUGUACCUAAGGAGAGGAUGCAAGAAUGGAUCUGCUUCACAUGUGACAACCACCUAUUCAGAGGAGGGAUGCCACCAAUUGCUGUUGCAAAUGGCUUGCAUCUGUCACCCAUUCCCCCAGAGCUUGCUGAGCUGAAUGUGCUAGAAAGGCAGAUUAUUGCAAAAAUUAUCCCAUUUGCAAAGAUCGUGUCAUUGCCAAAAGGACAGCAAAAAGCAGUGCAUGGAGCAGUUGUAUGUGUUCCUUCUGAUAUGGAAACAACUGUAAACAGUCUCCCACGGCCCAACACAGAAGCCCAGCUCUUACAGGUCAAGCUGAAAAGAAAAAUAACAUUUAAAGGUCAUCAGUACUUUUACACUGUUAACAUGAAGAAUGUUCUGGCUGGUCUGACAACACUUAAACAGACCCAUCCCGAUUACAGGGAUGUUACAAUAAAUCAAAGUGCUGCCUGUGAUUUUCAACAGGAUGAGCCAACCCAGGACUCGAUCCCUGAAUCUGACACUGAUUCAAGUGCAGCAACAGACCAACAACCUGAGCACAUAGGAGAAGAGCAUCAAGCGCUUCGACCUGGUUUAAUCUUAGACACCUGCAUGCAACCCCCGGACCUGGGACAAGAAGUAUUAUCUUAUGGAGACGGAAUUUUCAGCAUUGCUCCUGCCCAAGGAAACAAACCUGUAUCCUUCUUCAGUGUUCCCAGACUUGAAUCCAUGGCUUACCCAGUCCAAUUCCCCACUGGAAGAAACACCUUGGAUGAAGUCAGACGAGUCAAGCUGUCUCCAAGUAUGUAUUUCAAUGUACGUCUUUUCUCAGUAGACACUAGGUUUGCGGCAGACCAGAGUUAUCUCUUCUUUGCUCAGUUUAUCACUGAGACCCACAUGGCCAACAGCAGCAUGUCUAUUCAAACACGAAAAGGAAAACCGACGACCAAAGAUGGACGGCACAUUUCCAAUAAAAUGCUCCAGAAUAAAGAAGAGGUGGAAACGCUGAUCCACAAUAAAGAGGCCACUCGUUUCAUGCAACCGUUAAGAGGCACUCCAGCUUAUUGGGAAAAAGGCCUCCGUGAUUUGCACGCCAUGGUUCGGCAGCUUGGAAAACCUACCUUCUUUGUGACCUUCUCCGCUGCUGAAAUGAGAUGGCCACAGUUCAUUGAGGCCAUCAAAGCUCAGCAUGGACAACAGGUAGAGUUUUCAGAACUUGACUGGAAUGCAAAGUGCGAUAUUCUUAGAAGCAAUCCGGUCACUGUCAUGCGAAUGUUUGAUAAGAGAGUGGACGCACUCUUUACAGACCUCAUUCUUUCCCCAGCGCAGCCCAUUGGACCUGUUGAGGAUUACUUUUAUCGUGUGGAGUUUCAGGCUAGGGGUUCACCUCAUAUACAUGCGGUGAUAUGGAUUAAGGAUGCACCCAAGAUGGAAGAUCCGUCAUGUUGCGAUCAGGUCAUAAAUUUCAUCGACCGCUACAUAUGCUGUCAAUUGCCCGAUGAAACCGCAGACCCUGAGCUCCAUAAAAUUGUCAAGGAGGUUCAAAUGCACAGCAGAAACCAUUCUAAAUCGUGCAAGAAACGAAACAUUGAAUGCCGAUUUGGAUUUCCCAAACUACCCAUGGAAAAAACCACGAUUACCGUUCCUCAGUUCGAUGUGGAUUUGGAAGAUGACGAGAAAAACACAGAGCAAGUGUCAGAAAAGAAAGUUGAGAAUAACUCCAAAAAAUCCACAUCCAGACUUGUCUCUAAACUACAAACUGAAGCUAAAAAGAAGCUGAAGCCAGUAAGGGAUUUACUGAUGGACGAAAAAUCAUCUUUCAAGGAUUUGUCGCAGCUACUCCAGGCUUGUAACAUGACCAGCCAGGAAUACAGAUACUAUGUUGAUGCUCUCACUUCUGGCAUGGUGGUAAUGAUGAAGCGUAGCCUUGAGGACAUUUGGGUCAACGCUUACAACCCCAUUCUCCUCCGUGCAUGGAAUGCCAACAUGGACAUUCAGUAUGUGCUUGAUGAGUACAGCUGCAUCGAGUACAUGAUGUCCUACAUAGCCAAGCCAGAACAUGAAAUGUCACAGUUUCUCAAGUCUGUCAUUGAGGAUCUGAAGAACUCAAAUGUCAACCAACAGGAUGAGAUGAAGAAGAUCAUGCAGGCUUAUUCAAAACAACGAGAGGUCAGUGCUCAGGAGUCUGUAGCCCGCACCUGCAGUCUACCUCUUAAGAAGUCGUCACGUAGUGUCAUUUUCAUUCAAACAGCUGAAGAUGCUAUGAAAAUGAGUCUUCCAAUGAGCAGACUCAAGAACAUGGGCCCAGAUGAGAAGGAUAUCUGGAUGAAAGGAUUGCCAGACAAAUACAUCAACAGACCUCAAACUGUGGAAUUUGAAAACAUGUGUCUGGCUGUAUUUGUAUCUGAAUACAGGGUCCUGUACGGUAGGCAAAUUAAAGGACCCAAUGCAAUUCCUCUCUUAAACGAAGCCGGCUACAUCCAGAAAAGAACAGUGGGGAAGCCAGCCGUCAUUAGAUUCACUCGUUUCUCUGAAACAAAACAGCCAGAAAAGUUUUACAGGCGGCUCCUGAAGUUGUACUUGCCACACAGGAGUGACGAGGAUCUCAACAGUCAUGAACACCCUUCAUAUGAAGCAUUUUACAACAAUGGACAUCACCGUAGGUGGCGUGUGAAACAAUGGGUGGACUUUAAUCGGAACAGGUAUGAAGGACAUGGGAAAAAAAUUGACAAGAUCAUGGAAAAAAUAGAAAGGCAAGGACCAGUCCGGAAUGCUUGGAACACUUUUGCACCUGAGGUCGAAGUGGACCGUUUGGAAUGUGUUGCACAGCGACCAGUGGUGGAAGAAGACGACGAGCAGGACCCUGUUCCAGAUUACCAAAUGAAUGUAUCCCUGCCAGCUGUUGAAGUACCAAGCCUAAGCCCUGACUUUGUGAGACAAAUGUUCCGCAGUUUAAAUCAGACUCAGUCAUCCAUAUUCUAUGCAAUUCACCAUUGGUGCCUGCAGCGUGUCUGGGUCAGAACCCUGAACCCUUCUUUUAUUUCUUGA